GUAAAUUUUGUAAAUAACAACAAAAUGGUCGUUGUUUCUACUUAAUUUCCGUGUAGUAUGAGCCAAAAAUUUGGUCGUUUUACAGACCCAAGAGAUCCUAGAAGACCAGAGCGUAUUUCCCUGGCUUAUGGUGAAUGGAAAGAUAUUCCUAGUCGAAUUAUAGACAAAUAUGGCGACUCGGUAACCGAACUCGAUCUCAGCCAUAAUAAAUUUUUGUAUCCUUCGACCUUUCAUUUGUCUUUGCAUUCCUUUGCUUUUACUCCAUUCUCAAUGAUAACUCAAGAGUCGAUAGACCUUGUUUGUUUGUGUAUUGUUAAUUGUUUUGAUUGCAUUCACUGGUACUAAAAUAAUUUUUGGUUACAAUAGAUCAUUAAUUUAAAAUGGACAUACCAAGUAUUUCAGCAAUAAUAUUAAUUACUUUACCAUUCAGCUCAUUAAACAUAAUUUUCAUGAGAACCAUUAGCACUGCAUAUACACAAAUGAUAAAUUAUGGCACUCUCUCUAUAUACGCAUAACCCCAUAAAUCCUGUAUACUAAUUUAUAGAAUAAAUUCCGGUUGCAGUGCAUCAAGAAAGUGCCAAAUUAUGUUCCUUAACUUGAAUGAUUUUCAGUGAUCUAAAAUCACUUCGUGGUUUCACCAAGCUGAGCACAGUUAUCUUAGAUCACAACUCACUGUCGGCCAGGUCAACAUUUCCUCCGCUAGACACCGUCCAGAUAUUAUGGGUCAAUCACAACCAAAUAACAAACCUCAGUUUAUUUAUCGAGACGGUUUGUCGAAGUUAUCCAAAUCUCAAAUAUUUAAGUAUGAUCAAUAACAAGGCGGCACCAAGUUAUUUUAAUGGUGGCACAUAUAAUUCAUACACAGACUACAGGUAGGUAUACUAUUGUUUGCAUCUUGGAUGAACAGAAAAAACAAUGUUCUCACAUGAAAUAUGAAUGUUUGCAACUAGCAUUUGUGUAAGAUAGUUUAGUUAAACAUGAUUAACCCAUCAAAUGCCAGUGCUGUCCUCUUGACAAGUAAUUAAAAUUGUCUGGUAUUAGACAGAAUAAGAUAGUCUGGCAUUAGAUAGAGUAGAGUGCAUCAGGGCAAAUUGCAACUUAAAGGGUCAUGCAAACCAUUAGUGCACAAGCCCCUUCCCAGGACAAGUAAAAUUGUCUGGCAUUUAUUAACCCUUUAAGUGACAAUGCACCCUGAUGCACCUUACUUUAGUAUCUUACUCUGUCUAACACCAGUCAAUGGGUUAAACAGAGUAAAAUUAAUAAAAUUCUAAGAAUACCUAAUUACCCCUCUUUUCCUUCACUUUAUAAAACUCCUAAAUUGCCUACAGAGGAGGCUUUAGUGGUAUAAUGAUCAUCUAUGAUUAUAAAUAUUUAUUCUGCUUUUAGACAUUUUGUUAUUAGCUCACUUGCUAAACUUGAAGUUUUGGAUGGCACGAUUAUAACUGACAAGGAACGAAAAGAAGCAAUGAAAGUUUAUGGCAAAAGAAGAAUAAAAUCAAAGAAAGACCAUAUGAACAGCAACAGAACAUUGUAAAUAUUAUAUACACAUUCAACUGGUCUUUUUCUACUACAUAAUUAAAUUAUCCACUACAUUAUAUAUCUUCAGGUUUCACUCUCUUCAUACACAAUUUAAUAAUUUUAUUUAUAAAUGUACAAUUUAAAUAUAUUACAUAAAUCUAGUCCUAAUCAUUCCUUAAUGUCAACUACCUGAAAACAGUCUGCAACAGAAUUACGACAGUAGCUCAGGAAUAAUGACUCAGCUUUUGCAAGCAUCGCAUUCAGGUUCAUGUUCAUUGACAGGCUAAAACAGAAAGUA